UUUCACAUUUAAAGUUUAGCUUUGCAAGUAUUAACAUCACAUUUUAAAUUAAAAUGUUUACCAAAUCUUUAAUUGUUAUAAUAUUUAAUAUAUUUUUCUAUCAGCAAGUGAGCACGCAGUCUUGUGAUCUAGAAGAUUUUUAUUCACAUUUCUUUGGCCAACUGGAGAGUGUCAAGAAAUCGGUGGAGAUUUUAAAUACAAGGCUGGAUAUCAUCACAGACAGACAUUCCGCCUUUAUGUUCAAAAGCCAAACUACAGAUGAAAAUGUUGAAACUUCCGCCAAUAUUUCCAAGCCCAUAUUUGACAUACGCUAUGAUGACAUGCCCAAACAUUGUGCUAAACAUAUAACAGCCAGCUCCUGUGUCGAGGCCACCCAAUGCACUCGAUCUAGUGGCAUCUAUAACAUUACCGUUAAACGCUAUAGCAAUGAAUCUCUUAAUGUUUUCUGUGAUACGCACAAUUUCGCUGGCGAUUGGCUGUACAUACUUAAACGUGUUGAUGGUUCCGAGAAUUUUAAUCGCCCUUGGCUCGAUUAUGUUAAGGGUUUCGGCAAUGUGGCCGGUGAGUACUGGAUUGGCUUGGAGCAUUUGCAUGCUCUCACUAACUACAAUGGACCGCAAGAGCUAAAUAUUUAUAUGGAGAAUUUUGAGGGCCGGCAGGUAUUUGCACGUUACGACAAUUUCGUGGUGGGCAAUGCCAGUGAGAAUUACAAAUUGAAAUCAUUGGGCCGCUACUGGGGUACGGCUGGUGAUAGUUUGUUUAAGCAAUUGGGCGCUCAAUUCAGUACGCAUGAUUUCGAUAACGAUGAGCUGAAAGAUACAAAUUGUGCGGCUGCGCGUAAGGGUGGUUUUUGGUUUAAGGAUUGUUCUAAAGCCAAUCCUAUGGGUCGUUAUCUGCGCGGCAAAUAUACCAAUCUUUAUGAGGGCUCUUACUGGCGCACCUUUGAUGGUGAAAACUAUUCGCAAAAGACUAUAAUUUAUAUGAUUAGAAGGCAAACUAUUGUUAAUUAUUUGUAAGAAACUGAAAGGAAUUGUUUUUAAUAAAAACCAGACUGAAUAUUUAGUUUAAUAAUUUGGA